UGUGGCUGCCUCAGUUGUUUAAAAAACGCGAGCGUGUGAAGACUGCUAACGGAACAGGAAAACGCUUUCAACCAAGCUCAAGUGUAGUGUAGUUAUAUAUUAACUGAACGCAUAAUACAUACAUAAUCAAUAAAAAAACAUUUGAUUAAGUCUGUACGUAUUACAAUCGAAAUAAAUAAAAAUCCAAAUAAACAAUGGCCAACACGUACUACGGUAAAGUUUUGAUUGCUGCGCUGCUUUGUGUGGGUUUCGCUAUGCUGAUCAAUGCACAGGAAAAACCGGUCACCGACAUUUGUUUGGGUUGUAUCUGUGAGGCCAUCAGCGGUUGUAAUCGCACGGCCACUUGUACCGGCGGCGUCUGUGGCCUGUUCCGCAUCACCUGGCCCUACUGGUCCGAUGGCGGUAAGCUGACAUUGAAUGGCGAAUCGCCCGAUUCGGAUACAGCCUAUCCCAACUGCGUGAAUGAUCCCUACUGCGCCGCGAAUACCAUACAAAACUACAUGACUAAGUAUGCACAGGAUUGCAAUGGCGACAACCAGGUGGAUUGCUUUGAUUACGCGGCCAUACACAAGCUUGGCGGCUACGGCUGCAAGGGCGAAUUGGGCUACAACUACCAGACUACACUGUCGAGCUGUUUGAACCUGUUUCAGGGUUAAAUGAGCAAAAUGCAAAAUUCUUAAAAAAAUUAAAAUAUAAUAAAAAUUAAUUAAAAUUAAAUUAAGGGUGGCAAGCUACUCAUUUUUUGCUUGCUGCUUUCAGAAUUACAUUUAUUUAGAUUCUUCGAGAAGCAUUACUGUAAUAUCAAGUAUGAGUUUUAUUUUAUUUUAAACUAAUCUUAUGACAUUUAUUAAUAAAUAAUUUUAUUUCGAUUAUAAAA